GCUACAGGCUUCACACAGUCAGAGCUGCCAGAGAGGGGGAGACAGGGAGCAGCACCAUGGACAAGGAGGCCUCUUCCCCAUGGGACAUGGGGCUCCUUAGGACUUUUGACUCCAAAGAGUUCUGUGGAUGGGAGAAGAUAGGAUCAGGAGGCUUUGGACAGGUCUACAAGGUGAAGCACAUCUCCUGGAAGACAUGGCUGGCCAUCAAGUGUCCUCCCAGCCUGCAUGUGGAUGAGAAAGAACGUAUUGAGCUGGUCGAAGAGGCAAAGAAGAUGGAAAUGGCUAAAUUCCGUUGUAUCUUGCCUGUCUACGGGAUCUGCAGUGACCCAGUUGGUCUUGUCAUGGAAUAUAUGGAGACUGGAUCUCUGGAGAAGCUCCUGGCUGCUGAACGCCUGCCAUGGGACUUGAGGUUCAGGAUUAUUCAUGAGACGGCGGUGGGGAUGAACUUCCUUCAUUGCAUGAACCCUCCUCUACUUCAUCUUGACCUAAAGCCGGCGAAUAUCCUGCUUGAUGAACAUUACCACGUCAAGAUAUCAGAUUUUGGACUUGCCAAGUGGAACGGCUUGUCGAAUUCCCAUGAGCUGAGCUUGGACGGGAUCUGUGGGACCAUCGCCUACCUCCCACCGGAACGCUUCAAGGAGAAGAAUAGGAGCUUCGACACCAAGCAUGAUGUAUACAGUUUCGCAAUUGUCAUCUGGGGAAUCCUCACCCAGCAGAAGCCCUUUGCAGAAGAGAAAAACAUUUUGCAUAUUAUGGUGAAAGUAGGAGGCGGUCUGCGCCCCGACUUAUCGCAGAUACCGAGGGCUCGACCCCAACAGUGUGACGAGAUGAUCAAACUGAUGCAGCAGUGCUGGCAGGACAAGCCCAUCAGACGGCCAACAUUUCAAGAAAUUACUUCAGAGACAGAAUUACUGUGUACAAAACAUGAAGACGAGUCCAUUUCAGAGACGGGUCAAGAAUCGGUUGCACAAGCAACUGCCAACACCAAAGAGCAGGAUUUAGCCAACCAAUCAGAACCCAAAGGAUAUCCAAUGUAUGAUAAAGACUACAGUCUCUCUGAGCUUCUCUCCCAACUGGAUUCUGGGAUUUCACAAACCAUAGAAGGGUCAGAGAGCUUGUGUCACAGUGCUUCUGAGCCGGAGCUGGCACCUAGCGACAAACGCCUCUCCGGAAUCUCCUCCAUUGACUCCGCAUUCUCGUCCAGAGGCUCCCUCAACUUGUCCUUUGAAAAGGAUGGCUCAGUAGAAGACCUUAGUACCACAGAGAUCCAGAAAAAGAAACUGAUUGAUGCCAUUGUCACCGGAGACAAUGCCAAGCUUCUUAAGAUCCUCCAGCCUCAAGAUGCUGAGUUAGUGUUGGAAGGGAGGUCAAGCCUCCUUCACCUGGCAGUCGAGACCGGAAAGGAGGAGUGUGCCAAAAUGCUUCUUCUUUACAAUGCCAGCCCCAAUAUGACCAACGUGAAAGGUUCUACUCCACUCCACAUUGCUGCUGAAAAGAAACUGAAAGGCAUUGUGGAACUACUACUUUCGAAGAAGAUCAACAUCAAUGCCAAGGAUGAAGAUCACUUCACAGCACUUCACUUUGCUGCCCAAAAUGGAGAUGAGGUUAUAACUCGGUUGCUCUUGGAGAAGAACGCCUCUUUGAGUGAGGUUGAUAGUAAAGGCCGAACACCUCUUCACGUUGCUUGCCAGCACGGUCAAGAGAGUAUUGUCCGACUUUUCAUACGACGGGGCGCGGACAUAAAUGUCCCAGGACUGGGGAACUGGGUAUCCUUACACUAUGCGGCUUGGCAAGGUCAUCUAAAUAUUGUGAAGCUUCUUGCCAAGCAAUGCAAGGCCAAUCUGAACUGCCAGACAUCCGACGGAAGAACACCGUUGCAUCUAGCGGCACAAAGAGGACAUUACCGAGUGGCUCGAAUCCUGGUGGAACUUGGUUGUGACGUAAAUAUUCCAAAUAUGCAGUUGAAGACACCUCUACACAUUGCAGCAGAGACAGGUCAUACCAGCACGGCCCGACUCCUCAUUCAUCAUGGUGCCAACAUCAGCGCUACUACUGUAGAGGGCUACACUGCCUUAGACCUGGCCAACCACUACCGGCAUUAUUCUGCUGUUAAGCUUCUGAUGGAUGCAAGACCAAACCUCAAUUGUGAGGGAUCCAUCCUAUUUGUGGAAAAUGUAUGACAUGAAAUUGAAGGAUUGAGAAAUAUCCCACAGAUUUCAUAACCGGAUGAUCAUUUCUCUUCUCCAGUAACUUUUUUAUUUUCUAUCUGGAAGCAAAUAACCUUGUCUGGUUAUGGUUGGCACACCUGGAGUUUGAAAAAUCUCAGUGGAAAUAUUGCAUUUACAUUGCUACCUGAAUAUAGGUCCUAGACCACAAGAACAUUCUGAUGAGAAAGGAAACGUCUACAGUGGCGAUCGUUCAUUAAUUCAAGAUGUGCUUUUGUUAUGACGAUGCCUGUUUUUGGGGUAGAUGUUGCUUCUUUCAAACAUUUCUGCAUUGUUUAGUUGUAACUGGACUGUGAAGACCUAGACUACAUAUUGUUGUGGUCAAUGUCCCUCAGCAAAUGUAAUAUAUGGACAAUGCUUGUAUGGUCAAUGACCACUGUCUGGUACCGAACAUAGUCUUCAAACCAGAGUCCUUGAGUGAUCAGUUGAGAGUCAGAUGGUGAUCCGCUGUGUAGGAGCAUGGGAAUAAGUCUAAUUUCAAUUCAUGACGAUGGCACGGCCGUUGUGUAUUCAGCGACCAGUUACCAGAUCUGUACUGGAGGUAUUUUGGGUUGUAUAUGUCAACUAUGCAGGUUUUUAGAGGUAGACCAUUGUACAUGGUGAAUAUCACAUUUGACACACAUACUUAAGCGAGGAGAGGAUAUCAUCCGAAACAAUGGUGGGUCAUCCCCCUGAUUCUCCUUAUGGGCUACAAUGUUUUAUGGCGAUUUGGUCAGUGGGCAUAACCUUGAUACGUCUAAGUUACCCAAGUCACUUUAACGUUUAUAUUGGGAAGCCCGAUCUGUGCUCAACCCAAAUCCCGUUCAGUUGCGUUGAGCUGCCAUUCUAUACAUACCCAGAUUAAAAAAAUAAAAAUCAGGGCUUUAAAGCCCUGCCCUGUGGCCCACCCAGGAACGCACGAUUUGCAGGAUUUUUGGCAAGUAAACACAACCUCGCUACCUUUGCUACUAUGCCCCCCUAGCUACUCGGCCCCGUACUUUUGUGUCCCUGGCUUGCUAGCUUUGAAGGCACAUCAGUAGUUAAAGCAUGCUAAUGGGCAGCCCGCAAUGCUGUGCCCGGUUAACACCCUUUUACCAAAUUAUACAAUAAGACCUCGCCUAGGACUGUGCCCAGUGCCUCCUCCAUUGCAGCUGAUCGGGGAGGACACGUGUCUGUUUGCUAUUGCAAAUCCAGCUGAGAUUUCAUGUCCUUGCACCUCAAAUGUUAUUUUUCUAUGACCUUAUGUAUACAGGACUGUAUGUUCAAUACACAGAAGCUAUGCAUAUACUGUGUAUAUCACUGUGUAACCAGUCUUUGACAUGUAACUCUUUCUAUGACAGAACCGUAUUGAGCACAGGAUGAGUGGUGUAUGUUAUAGUACACUUAUGGGUUUUCUCAUCUUUUAUGCUUUGUAUUAUAGUCAUUUUUACGAAUAAACUAUUUUACUACCGAGGA